GAGGGAAGUGCCCGUCCAGCAGGAAACUGCUCCUGUGCCGAGUCUAUGUGGAAGGAGGCUGCAGUCAGGUGAUUUGCUGACCCUGUGCAAGUCCAUAAAGCAGCCCGAGAUAGGGAGAAACGCAGAGAUGUGUUCGAUCUCGAGGUGUGGAAGAGAGCUUCGAAUCCCAUUCUAAUCCCCCUGGAAGACAUUGCAAUCUGAUCGAGUCAAGAUGACGAGGGUUGUUUCAUCUGUGUUACGAUUUGCGGAUUACAGUAAUUCGAGCACAACUAUGCAUGAGAAAUCAACCAUGCCCGUGAGCACCAGCCCUGCAGCCCCAGUUCCAUGGUGGACCUCCACAACAGCUGCUGGCACAGCAACCAACAUUACCCAACCACACCAAUGCCUGUUAGUGCUAUAUGAAGACAUCGGUCAAUCACGAGUUCGAUUCUGGGAUGUCUUCCUGCUUAUCCCCAAUGUGCUUUUCUUUGCGUUUUUGCUCUGGAAGCUUCCAUCCGCAAGAGCAAAGAUUCGGGCCACAUCUAGUCCCAUCUUCACUACAUUCUACAUACUGGUUUUUGUUGUGGCAACAGUGGGCAUCACACGUGCUAUUGUUUCCAUGACAGUCAGUGCGUCCACAGUGGCUAUAGUAACGGACAAGAUCCUUUGGGAGAUUUCACGAUUCUUUCUGUUGGCGACUGAGCUGAGCGUAAUAAUAUUAGGCUUGGCAUUUGGACACCUUGAAAGUAACUCCAGUAUCAAGCGUGUAUUGACCAUAACAACAGUACUUGCUCUGGCCUAUUCGAUAACACAGGGGACCUUGGAGAUCUUGUAUCCUGAUGCACAUCUGUCUCCCGAGGACUUCAAUGUUUAUGGACAUGGGGGCCGUCAUUUCUGGCUUGCCAGCUCUUGUUUCUUCUUUCUGGUUUACUCAAUGAUCGUCAUUCUCCCGAAAACCCCUUUGCGGGAGAGAAUAUCUCUGCCAUCCAAGAAAAGCUUCUACAUCUAUGCUGCGAUCUUGUCGUUAUUGAACCUGAUCCAAGGGGUUGGCAGUGCACUGCUGUGCGCUAAUGUUACAGUGGGAUUGUGCUGUGUGGAUGUCACCACGUUCCUUUAUUUCAGUCUAUUUGCUCCGCUGAUGUAUGUUACAUUCCUGAAGGGUUUCUUUGGGUCUGAGCCCAAGAUUCUCUUCUCCUACAAGUCUCAGGUCGAUGAGCCAGAUGACACAGACGUGCAUCUGCCCCAGACCCACUCUGUCGCAAAGAAGGAGGCGCUGGAACCCGGCCCCUAUUCCAAUACACAGAUUGACAGCUCAGCUUCUUACCUGGACGACCUGACGGUCGGAAGCAUCAACAGUAUCGACAGUGAUCGGUGGAAAAUUAUGAAUGCUUGAGGGUGGACGGGGA